AAUUCUUUCUCUCGUCUUAUGUGUGUAUUCAAAAAGGAUAAAUUAGGUUCGAGAUUUCCUUUGUAAAAUGUCCAAACAAAAAAUUAAUAAAAAUUACGAAAGAGAGAGAAAAUGAAAUGAAACAGCAGAAAGAAAAUAGAAUGUGAUAAGAUUUUUACUUUUUUGUGUUGGUCUUUUUGUGGAUGAUUUCGACUCAAAGAAUGAAGAAAUUGUCAAAUCUUUAGAAAUAUGUCUAAGAAAAAAUGACUUAACAUGAUGUGUAUUAAAAAUUAUUCUUUAUAAAUGCUGAAGUCAUUAUAAUCAUGGAAAAAUCUUCGAGUUAUAAUGAAAAUAAAAUUGAAAAGUUAGUGCGCGUAGGAUUCUAUGAAUUAGAAAAGACAAUAGGAAAAGGAAAUUUUGCGGUGGUGAAAUUAGCAACGAAUUCAAUCACAAAAUCGAAGGUUGCCAUAAAAAUCAUAGAUAAAACAUGCCUUGAUGAAGACAAUUUAGCUAAGACUUUCCGGGAAAUUUCAAUCUUGAAGCUUCUGCAUCAUCCUCACAUAACACGACUUUAUGAAGUUAUGGAAUCAAAGAAUUCAAUUUAUCUCGUGACAGAACAUGCCGGGGGUGGAGAAAUUUUCGAUCAUCUCGUUUCAAAUGGACGCAUGAAAGAGGAAGAAGCUGCAAGAAUUUUUUCUCAAAUUGUUUCAGCUGUUGACUACUGUCAUCAAACUGGAAUUGUUCAUAGAGAUUUAAAAGCUGAGAAUGUUCUUCUCGAUGCUGACAUGAAUAUUAAGCUUGCUGAUUUUGGAUUUAGUAACACAUUCAUAGAAGGAAUCUUCUUAAAGACAUUUUGCGGAAGUCCACCUUAUGCGGCGCCAGAGGUUUUUCAAGGACUUGAAUAUGAUGGUCCACGUGCCGAUAUUUGGAGUUUAGGCGUUGUGUUAUAUGUGCUUGUAUGUGGUGCUUUGCCAUUUGAUGGAGCGACCCUUCAUGACCUUCGAAGCGUUGUCAUUAGUGGAAAGUUUCGGAUUCCAUUCUUUAUGUCACAGGAGUGUGAAAAUCUCAUCAGACAUAUGCUUGUUGUCGAACCGGAACGUCGCUUUUCAUUGAAGCAGAUAGCGAAUCAUAAAUGGCUAGCCAGAUACAAUCUUAUCAAUAUAACAGAAUUAAAUGAAUCUUUAACAUCACAAAUUGAUAAAAGAAACUUGGACACAAUGGUCAUUAACCGUAUGUUAGAAAUUCCAGGAUUGACUACAGAUUUGAUAGCUCAGUCAGUGCAUGAAGCACGUUAUGAUCACAUUUAUGCAAUUUAUCAUCUACUUUGUGAUAAAUUGGAAGAGAAACGAAAAGAGCAAAAGCGACUUCAACAAAUUGCAUACUCAAGAUCACGGAAAACGAGUAUAACAACCGGUAUUGUUGACAGAUCCGAGACUAUGAAACAAGAAACAAUUGACCGACUCAGUCCACUGACAAGCACCGUCACAAUUACAGGUCAAGUCGGUCUUCAAACAUUGGAUUUAGAUUUUGAGAAAUUCAGUGUUGAUUUGGAUGUUGAUUCUAGUUGUUAUCAGCAACGUCAAUCGGAUUCGUCACAAUUAACAGUCAAUAUAAAUGGAAAUAUUCGACGACAUACUGUUGGUCCCGGUGAUGUCGCUCAUGAGCAAGCUUUGGGAAAUCCAGUUGCAAUGAACUUUAAAUUUGACGGAGUCUCAAUGGGACCAAAUCAGAUUCCACUCAAUUUACCCAUGCUCCAAAAUCAGCCAAUAAAUACAUUUACAGUUAAAGAUCAACAUUUACUGAAGCCUCCUAUUGUGAUGGGUGCAACAGGUGGUUUUGGUCGCAGAGCUUCUGAUGGCGGAGCAAAUUUGCAUAUUUUUUACCCAUCAUCAGCCCCAACACAGAAUACCAACAAUGAUCUUUACAGUCGUCAAAAUUCUAACGAAUUUAUGAUGGUGACAGACCAAAUAUCUUCCGGAUAUCAAUUAAAAGGCGAUAAUAACAUGGAAAGUAGUGAAGAUUCUAAUGAUGAAAUUCAACGAUAUAUGCAUGGACGUGGUUGUUCCAAGCGACACACUGUUGCAUGCACUGAAGAUCUAUCAAAAAGUUCAUCAUCACAGAAUAAUGAUAUUCCUUCCGCUCAUUCACCAAUUCCAUCUACACCAGGUAUAAAUCCGAGUAAUUCCUCUUCAAGUGGAAGAACGAGAAGAACAGGAUUAUUAACUGUUAUGGAACGGCCACCAGUUAUCAGCCCUGAUCUGAUACGAGAGGUUGAAGCGAGAAUGAAUCGUAAUUAUUUGCCACCGUCUUUAAAACAUGCAGCUCAAAUUUCCAGCAGUCCUCCUCAAAACUCUUAUGUGAUGCCACAACAAAGACGUUUUGGGAAAGCUUGUAAAUUACCAACAGUACAAGAAGUUAUGGGCCGUUAUUCGCCUGUGCGUCGUGCAUCAGAAGGCUCUCGCAAUCCUCACGUGCAUGGACCCUUCCAAGAAUGUCAACAGCUACAGAAGGGUCUUGCACAGCAAAGGAACAAUUAUCUUGUUACACCCAGUCCGCCAUCUGAAAACUCAGUUUCUCUACCAGGUAAUAAUAAUAACACAAACAAAGAAAUGUAUAUAAAAUGCUGUUUAUGUUUUGGUUAA